AUGACGACCACGUUCGAAGACCGCGCGGCGCUGGAGGAGGCCAUCGAGGCGUGCUCGGCCUCCGUGCGCCUGCUGCAGGACCAGAUGCGCAGCGACAAGAGCGGCGUCAAGAUGGAGGACGUGGCCAAGGAGGUCAAGAAGCUCGUGGGCCUGCGCAAGGAGCUGCAGGUCUGGAAGCAGAAGGACGAGGAGGAAGAGGCCGAGCGCCUGGAGCAGGAGCAGGACAACCAGCAGCACGAGCAGCAGCAGCAGCAGCUGAAGGAGGAGGAGACGCCCGAGCAGGACGAGGCUGAGGUUGAGGAGCCUUCGAAGCAGGAGGAGGAGGCUGUCGUUGGGGAGGACGAGCUGGUGGAGCGCGCCUCAAAGCUCGAGACGCGCGUGGCCCAGGCGGACGACAAGCUCACGACGCUGGAGACGGAGGUGACGGAGAUCGAGCGCACGAAGAAAGCCAUGAAGUAUCUGGAGGAGCACCAGGAGGUCAAGGAGACGACGGUGGAGACUGUCGAGGAGAUGGAGGAGGAGACUGUGGUGGUGCAGGAGAAGAAGUCCAAGAACAAGAAGAAAAAAAAGAACAACAAGACGGCGACGACGGAGAAGAAGGUUGAGGUGAAGGAGGCCGUCUCCGCUUCUUCUUCUUCUUCCACAGUGGAGGUUGAGAAGCUGACGGCGCAGCUUGAGGCCGAGCGUGUGAGGGUGCAGGAGGCGGAGAAGGCAACGGUGAAGCUGCAGAAGUCGGUGCAGACGCUGACGGAGGAGAAGAGCGAGGCCGUGGCCAAGCUGACGGCGGAGCUAGAGGCCGAGCGCGUCAAGGCGGAGCAGGCCAGCCAGUCGAGCCAAGAGGCUGAGACCAAGUUGGAGAUGUCGGUUGCUGCGCUUUCGGAGAAGAAGACUGAGCUGGAGGCCAAGCUGAAGGCUGCGGAAGAUGCUGCCAAGUCUACCCACGACGACCUAGAGGCUAAGCUGAAGACCGCGGAGGAGGCUGCAAAGACCACCCGGGAGGAGCUGGAGAAGGUCCAGGCUCAGCUGGCAGAUAUUAAGGACGAGAAGGAGACGCGGGAAACGCACCUUGGCAAGCUGUGGAAGUCGAUUGAAGAUCUGCAGCUCGCGCACAAGGAGCUUACGGAGAAAAACGUGACGAUUGAGGCUGAUGCAAAGGCAAUGCGUGCUGAGGCCGAGAAGGCCAUCGCUGAACACUCGUCGUACGAGGACAAGACUGAGACUUUCACCGCUGAAAUUGAUGCCGCUAAGGCUGAGCUCGAAGCGUCCAAGGCUGAAGUCGAGAAGCUGACGACCGCCAUGACUACAUCUGAGGCAAAGGUGUCGAGCUCUGAGGAGCGCAUCAAGACGCUGGAGCAGGAGCUAGAGGCUGCCAUGCAGAGCACCCAGGAGGCAUCCUCUGAACUGGAAUCGUUGCGUGGCUCGUCGAAGGAUGCGGAAUCAAAGAUUGCGAGCUCCGCGGAGCGCGUUCAGAGCCUGGAGAAGGAACUGGAAGCAUCAAAGACGGCUGCUGACGACGCGCAGAAGAACCUGAAGGACGUGACUGCAGAGCUUGACGCUCUGCGUGCGUCUGCGAAGGAUUCUGAGUCUAAGGUUUCGAGCUCAGACAAGCGCAUCCAGGCCCUAGAGCAGGAGUUGGAAUCAGCGAAACAGAACGCCCAGGAUAUGACCGCCGAACGUGGCGCUCUCCAAGCGUCGACCGAGGAAGCCAAGCGUACUCACGAGGAGAUCAAGAAGCUGACCGCACAGAUCUCGGAUCUCCAGUCUGCCAAGGAGGGAAAGAGUGAAGAACUCGCGGCGGAGCUUGAGAAGGCCAAGAGCGCUGCCAAGGCUGUGCUUGCGGACAAGGAGGAGAUUGCGCGCCAGCUGCUCGACAUGAAGGACGAGGUGAUUCGUCUGAAGUUGGAGAGCGACAAGGCUGUGAGCAAGGCUUCCGGCAACGACUCGCUGGUGAAGAAGUUGACGGUGGACUUGGAGGUACGCACGGCUAAGGCGAAGAAGCUGAAGGCGCAGUACGACGAGCUGCUUUCACAACGCACAAACGCCGAGGACCAGCUGCAGGAUCUGCGUGGCGUGGCUGCGACGAACGAGGAACUGCUGAAGAAGGCGCGCACGUCACUGCUGGAGGCCAACGAGGAGCUCAAGGAAGCCCGCGCCCACACGCUCAAGUGGAAGAAUUCGGCGCAGGCUGCCAAGACGCUGAUGAACGCGAAGAUUGCUGACGCCGAGAGCGCCGCCAAGCAGCUCAAGAAGGCCCGUGCCGACGCGUCUGCUGCCAGCUCGGCUCGCUCCCAGCUCUCUGCCAGUCUUGAGGCCAAGGAGAAGAAGGUCGCCAAGACCAAACAGGAGCUCGCCACGGUUCGUGCAAAGCUUGCUGAAGCCCUCGAGGCGAUCCAGACCGAGCGAACGGAGUCGAAGCAGGCUCACGCCGCACAGCUGGCCAAAAUCCGUGAGAUCUCGGAGCAGCCCAUCGCCCAGCUCAACGGCCAGGUCCAGUCGUACCGCAUGACGAUCAUGGUGCUGCUCCCAGGUCUGCUGGCCGUGCUCAUUUACGCAAUCUCGCACUAAGUUUUACUAGCCGAUAGCGUUGCACAAAAGGAAGUGUAUAGCGUGUUUUGGACGAAGAGGCAGCAAAUGCAAUGUAGCUAUUGAGCUGUGUACAGGGCUGGUAAAACCUGUCGAUUUUUUCAAAACGAAUUAGGUUUUUGGCUUUACCUUGGUUUAAACCAAUAUAACCUAGUUUUUAUUUCUUGACUAAGCUUU